AUGAAGUUCCCUCGUUUUGUGAAAAUAGCUGUCAAUAAUUUAUUAGGAGUGUGCCAUUUAGAAACCAAUUCCGAAGGAGAAACAAUAAUGGUGGAUGGCGCAGAAGGAGAACUUCUUCAAAUCCUUUCUUCUGCUUUGAAAUUCAAUUACAGACUUGUCCAGCCAAAGGAUAAUGGCUGGGGCAACAGACAAGAGGAUGGUAACUGGACAGGAAAGAUUGGACUGGUUCAACGAGGAGAAACAGAUUUGGGUUUGUGUGAACUGAUCUUAACGGAAAACAGAAAAACUGCAGUUGAUUACAGUUAUCCUUAUGAAACAUUGCAGAUGGUAUUCGCCAACAAGGCACCAGGUCGUAUACCACUACUCUUUGCUUAUGUAUAUCCUUUCUCUGCAGAAGUCUGGUAUACUCUUCUGGCUCUGUUUCUUACAAUGCCCUUUCUAUGGAAAGCCAUGUUUACUUGCAAAGCCUCAGUAAUCAGCCUUUUUGGUGAAGUGUUCUACACCAUGUUGGGCCGAUCAGCAACUGUAACUUUAACUAAGUUUCACGAACAUAUCCUUUUAGGAACGUGGAUUGCUGCUGUAUCUUUCCUGUCUCGAUCCUACACUGCUGUCCUGCUCUCGUUCUUGACUUUUCCACUGCAAGAAAGUGUCAUCAGUGACAUUCCUCGGUUAUCAGAGGCCAUCUCUGCUGGGAAGUAUAAAUGUAUGACCUUCAAAGGUACCUCAGUGACAGAGAGUUUAAAAGCGUCACCAAGGGAAUACGUGAGAAUGAUAGGACGUGCCAUCGACAAGAAUGAAUGGUUUGUGACUCCGACGUUGGAAGGAGUUGGAAAGGCUAUUGCGGAGGGAAACACAGCUGUUAUUGCUAUGAAACCGUACUUUGAAGACCAUUAUGUUGGAAGAGCUUCGAUUUCUACAGAUCAUUUCUCUGUGUCUCAUUUCGGGAUCAUAUUUCAAAAACAUUUCUGUUGCAAGAAAGCUUUGAAUCGCAAGUUGAGCCUCAUUCUAUCUGCAGGCCUCUUCGAAAAAUGCAAGAGACAUUAUCAGUUCCGAGCUCAUCUGAAACUAAGAACAAAGAACGCUGAAGGUCUUGGAAAUGUAAAUGCUCUGUCGCUUGAAAAUAUAUCAGGAGCUUUACUCAUUUAUCUAUUAGGAACAUUCGUUUCACUCCUUGCAUUUUCAAUCGAAACCUUGUUACCAAAGCUCAAAGGUUCAAUUAUUCCUGUUAAUUAUGUACAAUGA